UGUAUUUCAGAUGGUAAAAUCAGAUAAUAAACGCAAACACCUUUGAAAAUUUACAACUGAUUUAGGGACAUAGAGUUUUAAGGCUUCGUGGUUGUGGUCCGUCCUGGACGUUGUUCAGCUUGGCGGCGGUGGCCAGUCUUGGGCUGCGGUGUAUAUCUCAGGAACUUCUAGGGAAAGGCUUAGUAAUACCAUAUUAUUAUAAUAAUAAUAAUAAUAGUGUUUAUAUUCAGCUGAAGAUACACUGCUGAUACACCUGUUGAGAAUCUGCGUGAGUUUAGUAGCCGAAUUACCUAUCCUUGGAAGUACUGAAGUAUAGUGUGGACCCUUCACUUACGAAUAGAUCGAGCAGGCAGCAUGGUGAUUUUAGGUUUUGUUUUCUGCAUCUUGGCAACGCAGAUUUCCGUAGUCAGUGGAAGUGCAGGAAAUGUAUGGACAUACAGAGGCUCAGUAGGUCCGGCCCACUGGCACCUGGACUACCCACACUGCGGCGGUGUGAAACAGUCGCCCAUCGACAUUCAGACGGGCGAAGUGGUGGUGGACCCUACCCACCUGGCACCUAUUGUCUUCUCCGGCUACGACAAAUUUUCCAGCAUUAACUAUACGCUCGGGAACAACGGACACACAGUACAGGUGGACCUGAACGAUCAGAAAAUGUUGAUCAGCGAGGGCGGCAUGGGAGCCACUUACAUCGCCGAGCAGUUCCACUUUCAUUGGGGUGCCGCAGACACGCGCGGCUCCGAGCACUCUGUCAACGGCCGCCACUAUCCCAUGGAGAUGCACAUAGUCCACUAUAACCGGAAGUACGGGAACCUGGCGACCGCCAUGAGUCGCGAGGACGGCCUCGCAGUGCUGGGCUUUUUCUUCGAGAUUGGAAGAUAUAACGCACACUUUAACGAAAUAAUUCAACACUUCAAAGAUAUAAAAUACAGAGACCAGCACGUGCCGAUUGAAUCGAUCCCUCUGAUUGAGCUGAUCCCGGCGCGCCUGUCCAACUACUUCCGGUACCAGGGAUCUCUGACCACUCCUCCGUGCUACGAGAGCGUCACAUGGACACUCUUCAACGAAACCAUAGAGAUUGCCGAAGAACAGCUGGAGAAAUUCCGGAAAACGAUUUUCGAGAAUACCGAGUCCGGGGACGGGAUAUCCAUGGACAUAUCGGAUGACUUCCGGCCCGUGCAGUGCCUGCACCAACGUCGCGUGUACGCCAGCCACCGAUCACUCCACUACGACACAGGCCCGGUCGCUGCCGCCUUCCAGGAUAACGAACGUUCUGCCGCUAACGUCGUUACAAGCGUUGCAUCGAUUGUUCUAUUCAUUAUGGCGUUAAUGAACAUUGGUCUGUAAAAAUAUAUGUAAUGUUUCCAAGAAGAGAGUCAGAAAUUCGUUAACGUACAUGGUGAUAUUUCCAAAACUAUCCAUCUCCGACAACUAUACCGCAAUAAUAAGAGCGAUUGGCCUAACACGUUGUUCAUUCUGUAAAUAUAAUGUUUAUCUUCAUAUGCAUGAAUAUGUAGCAUGAUCAAUUUUAGUACACAUAUGUGAUUACGUAUUGUGAUAUGUGACAAUAAUGUUAGUACCAGACCAGACACUUACAGAAUCAUAUAUGUUGAUGUUGACAUCUUUGUUCUUAGAAUUAUAAGAAUUAAGAUUUCUAGAGCAACUGUUUAUAAAGUAUUUAAUUGUUUUGAAAUGCAACCAUAUCUUAACCAAGUCAACAUUCAGAAGCAUAGAAUAACACUUACAAAGUUACGUUCUACUUCGCAUUGGCUUGGUAUUGAGAGUGGUCGAUGGAGAAACGUGCCAUGUCAUCUAACUAUUACUUAAUGUGUGACAAGAAGCCCAUCUCUGGUUUUAAUUCUUGUGUAAGUGUGAUUUAAUAUCCAAUGAACCGAGGAUACAAUUCUCGGUCUCUGUGCAACAUAUCCUCACUUGUAUAAUUAUGUUUUACAUUCAUUGCAAUUUGGGAUAAUGUGUGUGCUUUGUCGAAGUUAUUACACUGUUUUGUGUCAAUUAAAACUCGCUCGAUUUUAUCUUUUAGAGUUGUAUACGAAGGAAAUGUGUUGUUGUAAAGUGACUGGGUUUUAUUGUAUUCCUUCGAAUCUCAGCUUUAUUUACGUACAUGUUAAUCUGUAUAAUUCAUUAAGAUUCGCGAAAUAGUUUUAAAAAAAUAAACAA